AUGGCGGCCAGCAGGAGCCCGAUGAAGCACAACCCUCCAUAUGAUAAGGGGGCCUUUAGAAUUGAAAUCAACUUUCCAGCAGAGCAUCCAUUCAAACUACCAAAGAUCACAUUUAAAACAAAGAUCUGUCAUCCAAACAUUGAUGAAAAAGGGCAAGUUUGCCUGCCCAUAAUUAGUGCUGAGAACUGGGAGCCAGAGACCAAGACUGACCAAGGAGUCCAGUCCCUCAUAGCACUGGUGAAUGACCCCCAGCCUGAGCACACGCUCCGGGCUGACCUAGCUGAAGAAUACUCUAAGGACCGUAAAAAAUUCUGUAAGAAUGCUGAAGAGUUUACAAAGAAAUAUGGGGAAAAGUGA